CGAGUCCGCGAGCAUCGUUCUUUAUACCACCAGCUGCUGCGGCUUCUGUUUCUUUAUCUAGCUAUUUCUGGAGGGCCAGAUAUAUUUCCCUUGUCCCGCUCGAUAUCACAAUUCCUUUCCCGUCUUUCAUAUUUUUUGUAAGUGUCCGAAGAUGGCUUCUGUAUCCGCCCAAGCUCAGGAGUUCUUCAACCGGUACGAGCAAUUGAAGGCUAUCGAACAGACCAAGAAUCUUUUGAUAGAGGUUAGUAGUAGUUUUUCUCGAAUCCUAGCCAAAAAAAUUGCCCAAUUCCUCCCUCAAUUCUGAAUAUUAUGUUGUAAAUUUUAACUCAGCUGUCCUGCAGGAUCUACUUAGUAGAAUUACAGAGCUUGAAGAUGCCUAUCAGCGAGAACGGUUAGAUCAUGACAGAGAAACCAGAUUUAAUCGCGAAGUGCAGAUGCAUGAAAUGGAGCUUAUGGAACAGUUGACGAGAUUUAAAACUGCUAUGGACCAAGAACCCUUUGUAAUCGCACUUCUAGAUGGCGAUGGCAUGAUAUUUCGAGACUCUUUAGUUCAGCAAGGAGAAAAAGGAGGAAAAGACGCCGCGAAUCAACUAUGGUUAGCUAUACGUGACUACACAUCUGAGACCUUCACCAACAUUCAUUCGCCGAAGAUCGUUGCGAGAAUAUACGCAAAUGUGCGAGGUUUAGGGGAAACUCUCUUUAAAGCUGGGAUUAUUGAUAAGCUUUCUGUCUUUGAGGACUUCGUUCGUGGAUUUAAUGGAGGCAGAUUGCUCUUCGAUUUUGUCGACGUUGGGAGCGGUAAGGAUAGAGCAGAUGAUAAACUUGCAGGCAAGUUAUCCAGCUUCUCACAUUACCAUCAUGAAACUCUAAAACUGAAUUUGUACAAUUGCCAUUGCCAACAAAUAUUUUUGGGUUGCUCCCACGAUAACGGUUACGCACGCCUCCUUGAAGAUAAUCUAGCCGAUAUAGAACUCACAAGAAGAAUAACUCUCUUGGAGGGAUUCCCCUUUGAGAGGGAGCUUGCCUCGCUCAUAGGCUCGUAUAGAGUGACGAAGUUUGAGACCUUAUUCCGGGAAUCCAAAAUAACUCCCUUAUCAAAUCAUACUUGGGAAAACGCCGUCACCACCUCAAAUUCAUAUUCAUCAUCAAAUAUUGGACACCCCAAUUCUCGGGCCGUGAGCAGAACUCCCUCGAAUUCCAACGGAACAGCAGCCACCACUUCUGCUGCCUCUGCUACUUCGGGCAGCAGCAGUACCACACCAGCGACGUGGGCAUCUACUAUUGCAGCCAGUGCAAGUACAACAUUCAAAGAUUUAACACCAUCCAAACCAAGUACCCCGUCUCCGCCGGUUAUUGAGCGCAACAAGUAUGGACAAAGAGUCGAUCGGAUAGAUUUUAAAGCCGCACCAAAAGACGAAUUAAAUCGUGUGAAGAAGUUGAAGCUAUGCAACUUAUUUUUUCUUCUAGGCGACUGUCCCAACCCGAAUUGCUAUCAUACCCAUGACUAUAAACUUGGCAAACAGGAGCGAAUGGUGCUGCAGGUAGUGGCUAGAAUGACACCCUGCCAUUUCGGUACCGAAUGUGACGAUGCUACCUGUAUUUACGGUCACCGCUGUCCUCUCAGCGAGGCUGGAAAGAAAGAUUGCUACUGGGGAUCAAAUUGCCGAUUUGAUGCUGACGCCCAUGGAAUUGAUACCAAUAUUGUUAAGCUUACCAAAGUUUGA